AUGAAGCAAAAGAUUGUUAUUCAGUUGAGCAUAUCGUGCGACAAACACCGGUCCAAAGCACUGACGCUGGCCUCCAGAGCAGCCGGGGUGACGUCGAUGGCGAUAACCGGCGCCGCAAGGGACCAGCUGGAGGUGGUCAGCGACGGCGUCGACCCGGUGUGCCUCGUCAGCUGCCUCCGCAAGAAGCUCGGCCACACCCACGUCAUCAAGGUCGAGGAAGUGAAGAAGCCGGAGGAGAAGAAGAAGGAUGAACCGAAGCCGGCCAUGCCCGUGCCCGUGUACCCGCCGGCGUACUACUACCAGCCCAGCUACUACCACCACCAGUACCAGCCGCCGCACAUGGUCGUCUGCGAGGAACAGCCCAACAACUGGCGGACCAUGUAA